AUCAGACCCCGGGUUGAGUGUUAGGAUGGCGGUAGCGGCUGGACCUGAGGCCGCAGCCCGGUGUUUGGAGGAAUCUUCGGAUAGCGAGCCGGAGCAGGAGCCUGGGUCUCUGCAAAAACUUAUACGCAAAGUGUCCACCUCAGGCCAGAUCCGCAGCAAGACCAUUAUUAAAGAGGGCAUGCUGAUGAAACAGACAAAUUCCUUUCAACGCUGGAAAAAACGGUACUUUAAGCUCAGAGGGAGGACACUCUACUACGCAAAAACAGCCAAGUCCGUCAUCUUUGAUGAGGUUGACUUAACAGACGCCAGCGUUGCUGAAUCCAGCACAAAAAACAUCAACAACAGCUUCACUAUAAUUACCCCUUGUCGGAAGCUGAUUCUGUGCGCAGAGAACCGGAAGGAGAUGGAGGAUUGGAUUGCAGCGCUGAAAAGCGUCCAGAAUCAGGAGCAUUUUGAGUCCACCCAGUACAGCAUGGACCAUUUCUCAGGGAUGCACAACUGGUAUGCUUGUUCACACGCACGCCCCACCUACUGCAACGUGUGCAGAGAAGCACUGUCUGGUGUCACCUCACAUGGCCUGUCCUGUGAAGUCUGCAAGUUCAAAGCCCACAAGCGCUGCGCGAUUCGGGCUACAAAUAACUGCAAGUGGACGACCCUCGCCUCCAUUGGGAAGGAUAUCAUUGAGGACGAGGACGGGAUCUCGAUGCCCCAUCAGUGGCUCGAGGGGAACCUGCCUGUCAGUGCCAAGUGUACAGUGUGCGACAAGACCUGCGGCAGUGUGCUGAGACUGCAGGACUGGCGCUGCCUGUGGUGCAAAGCCAUGAUACAUACUGCAUGUAAGGAGUUAUUGUCCAGUAAGUGUCCGCUGGGCCAGUGCAAAGUGUCUGUGAUCCCUCCCACCGCCCUGAACAGCAUUGAUUCUGAUGGUUUCUGGAAGGCGUCGUGCCCCCCCUCCUGCACCAGCCCCCUCCUCGUCUUCGUCAACUCGAAGAGCGGAGACAACCAGGGCGUGAAGUUCCUGCGGCGCUUCAAGCAGUUGCUGAACCCCGCCCAAGUCUUCGACCUCAUGAACGGGGGGCCUCACCUGGGCUUGCGUCUCUUCCAGAAGUUUGACACGUUCCGGAUCUUGGUGUGCGGUGGGGACGGCAGUGUGGGCUGGGUCCUCUCUGAGAUUGACACUCUCACCCUGCACAAACAGUGUCAGCUGGGCGUGCUGCCGCUGGGCACAGGGAACGACCUGGCGCGGGUGCUGGGCUGGGGUUCGGCCUGCGAUGACGACACGCAGCUGCCACAGAUCCUGGAGAAGCUGGAGAGAGCCAGCACCAAGAUGCUAGACAGGUGGAGCAUCAUGGUGUAUGAGACAAAGCUCCCUCGACAGCACUCCUCCUCCACUGUCACAGAGGAUUACAGUGAAGAUUCAGAGGUCCAGCAGAUAUUGACAUAUGAAGACUCUGUUGCUGCUCAUUUGUCUAAAAUCCUGACUUCUGACCAGCACUCGGUGGUGAUCUCUUCAGCAAAGGUGCUGUGUGAGACGGUGAAGGACUUUGUGGCUCGUGUGGGGAAGGCGUACGAGAAGACUCCGGAGAGCUCAGAAGAAUCUGAUACCAUGACCAAGAAGUGUGGUGUACUGAAGGAGAAGCUGGACUCCCUGCUGAAGACUCUGAAUGAAGAGUCUCAGGCCUCGAGCUGCCUGUCCAACCCUCCGCCCACCAUCGCAGAGGAGCAGGAAGAGGGAGAGGGGCUGGGGCUGCAGGAGCCCCCUGUGGACCGGCAUGCUCCCCCAGUCCCCUGCCCUCCCAGGACCAACCCGGGCAUCUUCAAACCCCGUGAGCAGCUCAUGCUGAGAGCCAACAGUCUGAAGAAGGCAAUCCGGCAGAUCAUUGAGCACACAGAGAAGGCGGUGGAUGAGCAGAACGUUCAGACUCAGGAGCAGGAGGCGUUCGCUCUGGGGACCUCGCUGGAGGAGGAGGGGAGGAGCGAGGACAAGGUCUCCCUGCAGUCCUCGCACAGCGGUAACAACUCCUGUGUCAACGCCAAGGGGAGGGGGGCCAGGAAAGUUUCCAAGUCUCCCUGCGAGAAGCUCAUCAGCAAAGGAAGUUUGUCGUUGGGCAGCUCUGCAUCACUUCCUGCACAGACUGGAAACCGGGACAACAUGCCUAUGCUGAGCACCAAAAUUCUGUAUUCAAGCUUGCGUGCUAGUUUGUCUGGUUCCCUCCCUGGCAGCUCUGUAAUCGGCCGCUUGCUGGUUAAUGCCGAUCCCUUUAACUACGAUCCUGAGAGCCUUGACUGUUACACAGAAAAGUGUGUGAUGAACAACUACUUUGGAAUUGGACUGGACGCAAAAAUCUCGCUUGACUUCAAUAACAAACGUGACGAACACCCAGAAAAAUGCAGGAGUCGAACAAAAAACAUGAUGUGGUACGGAGUGUUGGGGACCAAAGAGCUGCUCCACAGAACCUACAAGAAUCUGGAGCAGAAGGUGCUGCUGGAGUGCGACGGGCGCCCCAUUCCUCUGCCCAGUCUGCAGGGCAUUGCUGUGCUGAACAUCCCAAGCUAUGCCGGUGGGACCAACUUCUGGGGUGGCACCAAGGAGGAUGAUACCUUCACUGCUCCCUCGUUCGAUGAUAAGAUCCUGGAGGUGGUGGCAGUAUUCGGGAGCAUGCAGAUGGCUGUGUCACGUGUGAUCAACCUCCAGCACCACCGUAUUGCACAGUGCCGGACGGUGAAGAUCACAGUCCUGGGAGAAGAGGGGGUCCCAGUGCAGGUGGACGGAGAGGCCUGGGUCCAGCCCCCCGGGUACAUCCGAAUCAUACACAAGAACCGCACUCCGACCCUCACCAGGGACAGGGCGUUUGAGAACACCCUGAAAUCCUGGGAGGACAAGCAGAAGUGCGAGUUCCCCCGGCCCUCUACCCAGCUGGCUCUGCUCCCGGAGAUCGUAUCGGAAGAGGAGGCUUCGCAGAUCAAUCUGUUCGGACAGUCGGCCGGAGCCCUAAUACACAGUAUCCGUGAAAUUGCCCAGUCCCACCAGAGCAUGGAGCAGGAGCUCGCACACGCUGUCAAUGCCAGCUGCAAGUCCAUGGAUGUUGUCUACGCCAAGUCCAAAAACACUGAGGGUCUAAACUGCAGUGUAGUUUUCGAGAUGGUGAACAAUGUGAAAGCACUUCACAACGAGACUGAACUGCUGCUGGCAGGCAAGAUGUGCUUGCAGCUGGACCCUCCUCAAAAGGAGCAGCUCUGCAGCGCUCUGGGGAACGUUGACCUACAGCUCCGCAAGCUGAUCGACAUAUCCUGGCUGUGCCAACUCGUGGAGCCCUCCGAUGAGGAGAAUCACAUGAUGGAGCUCUCCAAGCCCAGCCGCAGUGCUAAAUUCCGCCUGGUGCCCAAGUUCAAGAAAGAGAAAAACAACAAGAACAAGGAGGCCAGUGGCAGCCCAGGCCUGCCAGUUCAUCUCUGGGGCACGGAGGAGGUGGCGAUCUGGCUGGAGCUGCUCAGCCUGUGCGAGUACAAGGACAUCUUCAUCAGGCACGACAUCCGUGGAGCCGAGCUCCUGCACCUGGAGAGACGAGACCUCAAGGAUUUGGGUGUGACGAAGGUGGGUCAUGUGAAGAGGAUUUUACACGGGAUCAAGGAGCUGAGUCGGAGCGCACCUGUCGUGGAGGGGUAGCCUCAAUUCUCACUGCCUGCAUCUACAAGGGGCCAUGAGAUCAGGCAAGAUGCAGGGAAGCGAGUCUGUCUGGAUGGCAACUACCCUGCCCAACGACCACGUGCUGCCCAGAAACCUGGAGUCAUACACACAGUACCUGGACAAACCUCUAGAAAACGGCUGCUAAACAGAAAAACUCAAUCGGCUGUGUGGCACUGUCCUCCCUAGCCAAUUAUCCAGAACUGUAUCUGGAAAUUGACCAAUCACAGUUUGUAUUCACCCUGACAAUCAAGUCUGAGAGACGACCACUGUCCGAUCAAUGGUCCCAUCCCUUAAAGCCCGAGAUGCGGACCAUAGUGCCUUAACUGAUCUACAUAGUACCUCAUCAGCCUAGCUAAAAGCAGUCUCAGAUUCACAGAACCAAUCGCAUUGUAGUACAGGGUGUCUGUGUAGAUCUGGGAAGAACUAAAGAAGGAUGUAAUCACAAUGUACAGUAGAAUAAUUUUAGUAACAUCACUGCCACAUAUCCCUGUCCAGUCAGCAUUGUUAAUAUAUCGUCUUACACACACAUACCACCAUUGGAAUCAUUGGAUCGCUACCUGAAGCCAAAGGUAGACCUAUAGUAAGAGCUGUCUUCUAGUAUGUGAAAUCAUUGGAUGGAAACACUCAAGGAACUGCAGUAAGUGUCUUGUCACAGAAUGGAGGAUCUGUGAUUUAAUGAGGCAAAUACACUGUAGAAGAAAGUAAACUGUCCAUGACGGUUGCUUCUUUUUUUUUUUCUUUGUGGUUGUGUUGCUUGUUUUGUCAUGGAAAGUCCCAUGAUAACAAUUCUCUGUCCAGAUCAUAAAGGGUUAAAGGUUAGUCCAUGUCAUUAGAAAGGGACCACAAACAGGAAUUUGUCCGUGUUUGUUUACUUUAUGGCUGUUGCCAUAGGGACCAAAUGACUUGGAGACCCUCAUUAGGGGCGCCACUACUUUCAAACAGCCAAUCAAAAUAUUUGAAUAGAGCUUAUGAAACUACAUUUAGACGAUUGUUUCAUAAAGGAAGGAAAAUGUUAAUAUGUUGUCAAAUUAUUUAUUAUAAAAUGGCAUAGACAAAGCAAUUCAUAGACUCGUAGACACAUUGCCUGAAAAGCAAUUCAACCCAAUGCAAUUGUCUAAACUGCAUAGGUGUAGUUCUUCUUGAUGUAUUAUUGUUAGCAUGUAUUAUAAUAUUAUUGGCACAGUAACACACUUUGAAGAUGUUCUGUUAUACUAAGAAUCCACUUCACAGGAGGUAAAAGGUAGUCUCGCAGUGUACUUGAGAUGUGGCUUGUCUUACUACAAAUCUUACUACAUCUUCUAGUGUGGUGAUGCAUACCAGCCCAUUCACCAGUGGUGCCUUGGCUAUAUUCCUAAAUAUAAUGGCCACAUUUACUACCCCAUCCUUGAGUUACUAGACAGUCAUUAACAGGAGUUAGCAUUGAAAGACAUUCAAACAAGUCUGACAUUAAUCUGGAUCAUUUCAAGUCCUUGUUACAAAUGCACUGCAUUUCCACCACCAGUCCUGCCAUACUGUCUCAACCAAUCUGAAUUUAACAUUCCUUUUUACUAGAGAUACUUCCUAUGACUACUUACAAACCAGGAAACCAAUACUGUAUUCUAAGCCAAUCAAAAUGAGUCUGUCAUUGUAUGGAAUCUCACAACAUCAUACACCGACUUUAUGGAAGUGUCAUAUAUCUAUCUAUCUGUCUAGCUGUUUGAUUCAACUCCCUUUUUUAAGAACUGGGAGAAAUCACUGCACUGCAGAACAAUUCUGUGAAUUGCACUCUCCUUGUAUAAAUGUGUUGAACAAAUCAUUUAUAUUUCAGGUUUAUGCAGAAAGCAAGCUGAUUGAAAGCUUUUUAAUUGUGCCAAAGGCUGUAAGCAAACCCAGGUUUAACUCCCAGAAAGUCUUAACAAUAGCAGAUCUUUACUGUCCGAAGAAGAAAAGGUGGCUGCUACAAACAAGUUCAAUCUCAAUAUGGAAAGCACUAUGGACAACUAGCACAUCAAGCCUUGGCGGUAAAAAGCAAACCGCUUGUGACUUUUUUGUUGGUGAAAUUCUUCAUAGCUGGACUGUUAUCAAGUGCAAAAAAAUAAAAACAUACUGUACAUGAAGGAAAGUUUGGGAACUUUCCCAAAAUACACCUUGUAUAGGUGAAUGUAAAAGCCUCUCGUCAAUUUGAGCCAACACGUUUCAGUACUGCGUUUCAAUAUCUUGCAGAGGGGCACAAUUAAGUGUUAAACUAUAUAUGUAUGUAUGUAAGUGUAUUAAUGUUGUUUUUAAAUUAAGAGUUCCGCAAGUCUUUAUGGAAUUGUAUGAAGCAGGUUCCUUGACACCUUGUGUAGGUGUCCUGAGUAAAUCAUCAAUCAUUUUAAACAGUCAUAAAAUCUGCUUGAGACCUGCACAAGUCCUCAGUGUAUGCCUAAUAGCUAGGUGUUCACUGCUUUAAGGCAUAACAAGAGAUGUGGUUCAUUUCAGAGAUGCAAAUAAUUAACAUUUGCUUUGCAAACCAUUUUUCUAUUGCAAUGAUCAUUUCAGUAAUUUAUGAAAUUUUUGAAAACCUCACUUCUCCCAGACCACAUAUCCCCAAACUCAAUUGAUGCAGUAGAGCUCACUGUACCAGUACACACACCAGGUUAAUAUGUGACUGGCAGUUCACCCUUGGCUUUAGAAUUGGGGACCAUCUAUUUUAUCUAGAGCCAUAUACUGUUAGAUCAGGGUUUUGGGCUAGGUUAAUAGCAGAUGUGUACAGUACAACAGCUAACAGCAAUGUUUGGUAUUACAGGAAUAAGUACAAUAUAACUUCUGAUUAAGGUAUUUCAUUUGAGUUACCUUUAGGUUGCAUUUGAUGGUACAAGUCAGUUGUCAAGUAUUGUACUGUAGUUUCACUGAGUUUGAGGCCGUGGUAGGUGCUAUAGUCCAGAAAUUGUAUCCCUGUUUUAACCAGUUCCCCUUUUUAAUUGUACUAAGUAGUUGGAUGUACUCAGCCUGUUUGUGUACUAGAAAAUCAAUAGACAUGUUGAUGCGUUUUUGUCCUGGGGAGAAGCAGCACAGCUUCAGGGCCCAGUGCUGAGUUUUGGUCCCAGUGUCGUCUUCUGAUACUUAUUUUUCUGUAUGCACUGUUGUAUACAACGUGAAGCAUUUAGCUGAACACAACCUGUUGCCUUUCACAGUGGCAACAUAUCCCUCAUUUGAGUAACUCCACAAAAUAGAUAAGAUACAGGUGGAGCCUGUCACAUGCUGAAGCAUUCCAGUUACUGCUGAUAGUCUGGGUGAAAUUUGGUGCAGGAUUAGAAAGGACAAAUGUGCUUGGAUAUUACUGCAUGAGGGCAGGACAUGCAUAUUAUUGAACCUGCCAUUGAAACACAGUACAGUGGUGGGCUGCUACCAUGCAACCUUUAAGAACAACUUGGUCUGAAAUAUCACAGUUAUCUUAAUAUAAUUGCCUUAAAAUAGCUCUGAAAUGUGUUCUCUCCAAGCUCACCUGAACACCAAAGUGUAUUAAACUGCCCCCUCCAAUACUCAGUAAGAAAUUCCACGUGGAAUAUAAGUACUGUUUCUUACCUCCACUGUGUUGCAAUGGGGCAGGUUAAUGGUCACUCUUGGGUACCAGUUGAACUUGGAUAGAAGUUAUGUUUGACAGCCCUUCUGAGGCCACAGGGGUGCUUUCUAUACAGGAUGUGGCAAUGUGAAACAGGAAAUGAUAUACAAAGUAAUUAUGAACAAGAAGAAUGCAUUAGUUAAAAUAUCCCUACUCUGAAACGCAACAUUAUUGUAACCUGUUAUAGAGAAAGUAGCACUAAACUGUCCUUUUGAUAGUCCCAAACUUUACCAUUUUUAGGGUUGUUCUGAAUGGCUUUGAGUCCCUUUCUCCAGCAUUAGCAGCGAAACAGGCAGACAUUGCUGAGUGCUGUGUUUCCAUGUCAGCUGGGUGACACAUCCUGGCCUGUUUGUGGUAGCGCUGAAUUAUCUAAUAGUUACAGGAUGCACCAUGUUAAUCAGAUCAACACUCAGGUUGCGGGCAAGACCAGAAAAAAUAAGGGCAUGCGUACUAAACUGUUUGGGGGAAGAGGUAACUAUGAUGACAAACUUAUAUUAAAAUGAAUACAUAAAGCUUACAGGUACAUAACAAAUAGAAGAUACAUUUCUGAUAGAUUGGCUGGAUACCCUUUGUAAUUUUAAUUAUUAUUAUUUUUUUUUUUUAUUAAUAGUUACAUCCUCAGGAAAUAAGUUGUGUAUGUAAAGACUGCAUAUCUGGCUAUUUUUUCCUUCAGUGUAAUGAUUUGCUUUUCUCUAUACAGUGCAGGCUGCAGUCUGCACUUUAAGGACCAGCUGCUUACCAGGGGGAUUCCACACGUCACGAAAGAGUUAAUGGGAGCAGUUCAUUUUACAUAUCGUAUUGGGAAGCUUGCACAAGACUGUGGCCCCCGGCCCAGAGUGUCUGGGCCCCUGUUCACACAAUUUCCGUUGUGUAUUUAUUGUUUAAUUUAUAGUAAUGUUGUCUGCUAUUCAGUUCAUAUGCUCCUUUCUUUCUCCCAUCUGGGGUGUGUAAAUACAUUGUUCUUGUACAGAAAGGACCAAUCUUCCAGUAAACAUGUUUGUUUUCAGUUA